AUAAAGAGAAAAAUAAAAGGCUAAGCAAAUAGUUAGUUGAGUGAGUGAGUGACGGGUGGUUCGGGGUUCCCCCACCGUUAGUCGAACUGGAAAACUUCCCUCACGAGCCAAUCCUCAAACAAUGGCUUCGUCACUCUCUCUCUCAGCCUCUCUCGCGCCCUUCUCUCUCUUCCCUCACCGCAAUCCAAAACCUUAUCCACUUCUCCACCGUUUCUCCGUCCAAUCCUCCGUCAACAAAAACCCCGACACCGCAACCAAGUCCACUUCCUGGGUCAGCCCCGACUGGCUCACCUCCCUCUCCCGCUCCCUCACCGCCGGCAAAGACGACUCCGGCAUCCCCCUCGCCGCCGCCAAGCUCGACGACGUCUCCGACCUCCUCGGCGGCGCGCUCUUCCUCCCCCUCUUCAAGUGGAUGCAGGACUACGGCCCCAUCUACCGCCUCGCCGCUGGCCCCCGAAACUUCGUCGUCGUUAGCGACCCUGCCAUCGCCAAACACGUGCUCCGGAACUACGCCAAGUACGCCAAGGGCCUCGUUGCCGAGGUCUCCGAGUUUUUGUUUGGCUCGGGAUUCGCCAUUGCCGAAGGUCCUCUCUGGACGGCAAGGCGCCGGGCUGUGGUUCCAUCGCUUCACAAACGUUACUUGUCUGUUAUAGUGGAUAGGGUGUUUUGUAGAUGUGCUGAGAGAUUAGUGGAGAAGCUACAACCUGAUGCACUCAAUGGAACUGCAGUUAACAUGGAGGAGAAGUUUUCACAGUUGACUCUUGAUGUUAUUGGUUUAUCUGUAUUUAACUAUAACUUUGACUCGCUCAAUGCGGACAGUCCUGUUAUCGAGGCUGUUUAUACUGCAUUGAAAGAGGCAGAAGCACGAUCAACCGAUCUUUUACCAUAUUGGAAGUUUAAAUUUCUUUGUAAGAUAAUUCCAAGACAAAUAAAGGCUGAAGAGGCUGUUACCAUUAUCAGGAAAAAUGUUGAGGAUCUUAUUGAAAAAUGUAGAGAGAUUGUAGAAUCUGAGGGUGAAAGAAUUGAUAGUGAGGAAUACGUGAAUGACACCGAUCCUAGUAUCCUCCGGUUUUUGCUUGCCAGCAGAGAAGAGGUUUCCAGUGUGCAACUAAGGGAUGAUCUUUUGUCACUAUUAGUUGCUGGUCAUGAGACCACUGGUUCAGUGCUGACCUGGACACUUUAUCUUCUAAGCAAGGAUUCUUCCUCAUUGGCAAAAGCACAAGAAGAGAUAGACAGAGUUUUGCAGGGAAGGCGUCCUGCCUAUGAAGAUAUUAAAGAUCUUAAGUUCUUGACACGCUGCAUUAUGGAAUCACUCCGACUCUAUCCACAUCCUCCGGUAUUGAUAAGAAGAGCUCAAGUUCCUGAUGAGCUUCCUGGCGCUUACAAAGUCAAUGCUGGUCAAGAUAUUAUGAUUUCUGUAUACAACAUACACCGUUCUUCUGAGGUUUGGGACAGGGCUGAAGAGUUUGUGCCAGAAAGAUUUGAUUUGGAUGGUCCAGUGCCAAAUGAAACAAAUACAGAUUUCAGAUUCAUUCCCUUCAGUGGAGGGCCCCGCAAGUGUGUUGGUGACCAGUUUGCUUUAUUGGAAGCUAUAGUUGCUCUUGCAAUCUUUCUACAGCACAUGAACUUCGAACUGGUUCCUGAUCAGACUAUCAGUAUGACUACAGGAGCAACAAUACACACGACAAAUGGCUUGUACAUGAAACUGAGCCGACGGUUGAAAUAGUUAGCUCUCAGUUCAUCUUCUCAUGAGCUGUAAAGUUGUCUAUAACUACCAGCUUGUCAAAUUCCUUCGAAGAUUUUCUCACUUUUGUUAGUUAAUACACAAGUUAUCCAGUAAAUAUGUAUUUCUUCCAUUUUUUUUUUCAUAGUCAUUUUGAUAUUAUUUUUUUUAUAUUUUUUUCAUUGUCACUUUUCUAAAAUUAAUGGCUUAUUAAUUUUGUUUUUCA